CCGGGCUUGCUAGGCGGGCGGGGCAGCGCUGACGUCAUUCACGGCCCCCCCUCCCCAGCAGAGGGGCGGUGGCCGCGCUGGCUACUCCGAGCGCAUUGACGGACAGAGGGACAGAGAGACCGGGUACCGGCAGGCACACGUCCAGGCCAUGCCCGGGGAGGCUGCGGGCGCUGAGCUGCCGCUGCCUGAGGCAGGAGGGCCUGGAUCGCGCACAGAUCUCUCGUGUGAUGCAGCCAUUGCAACCAUCCUGAAAGGAGACCAACGGGAGCCCCACGCCCUGAUCCCAGGGCCUAGUCCUCUGCCCCUUACAUUCUUGUCCAGCAAGCCAGGUGCCAGGCCCCAGCCUGAGGGGGCCAGCUGGGAUGCAGGGCCCAGUGGGGCUGCCUCAACCUGGGUGGACCCGGCAGAGGGCGGCCCAAACCCAGCGGUCCUCCCUGAGAGCCUGCCUCUCCAGCCUUUACCCGCUGAAGUCCCUCUCCCCACCACCCUGGAGCCCCGCAUCGUGAUGGGUGAGGAGACAUGCCAGCUCAUCUCUUCACCCAGGGCAGCCUGGCCAAUGCUCAGGGACCGGGAGGGUGGGCACACCGCCCUGCACCCACCCCCGGAGCUGUGUUCUCAGGGUGAUUCUCCCGUGCCUUCCCCUCCCCCUGACCUUGAUUCUUACUUCACACCCCCCUCUACUCCCACCAAGACCGCCUAUGCCCUACUUCCGGACCACAACGGGCCCCGAAGGGAUGCCUGGGGCCUGGAGGCCAAGCUGCUGGAUGAGUUACUGGACUCAACGCCAGCUUCACCCUCGGGCUCCUACAUUACAGCAGAUGGGGACAGCUGCGCGUCGUCACCAUCCUGUUCCCUCAGCCUGCUAGCCCCAGCUGAAGGACUGGACUUUCCCUCCGACUGGGGCCUCUCUCCGUCAGGGUCGGUGAUAGAUGAACUAGAGUCACACCCUGCAGCACCCCCAGAGCCCCCAUCCUCUGAAUCUAGCCUCUCAGCAGAUAGCAGCUCUUCGUGGAGCCAAGAGGGCCAUUUCUUUGAUCCGAGCUUCCUGGCCAACGACCCGAUGAUCCCUGCCGCCCUACUACCCUUCCGGGGUAGCCUCAUCUUCCAGGUGGAGGCCGUGGAGGUGACACCACUGCCCCAAGAGGGAGAGGAUGAAGAGGAGGCAGCUGCUGAUGCUGCAAGCCCCGAUGGAGACCUGGCUGGAGAGGGUGAGGACGACAGCACGUCCGCCUCCUUCCUGCAAUCACUGUCCGAUCUGUCCAUCAUCGACGGCAUGGACGAGGCCUUUGCCUUCCGGGAUGAUACCUCGGCACCCUCCUCUGACUCGGACUCAGCUUCCUAUGCAGGGGCAGAUGAUGACAGGCUGUACAGUGGGGAGCCCCACGCCCAGCCCAGCGCAGAGAAUCCAGAAGAGGAGCACAGAGGCAGGGCCACAGUUCAGGGGACAGAGUUCACAGCUCAGAUUUCAGAGCAAGAAAUCUGUCUUACAAACAGCCAGGAAUCGGUGGCAGAAAUGACAGAUGAGGCCCUAACUUCAGGCAUAGAGUCUGAGGCUGCUGGGAGCUCACUUGAUCUGCAAGCAGCUCCAGGCCCUCAGGUGGAGGAAGCUACCACAGUGACCCCUCAGGUGGGGGACGAAGGAGUUGACUCAGUCUCUCAACAAGCACCCAGGGCUCUGCCUCAGCCCUGUGAGAAGGGGAUAGGCACUGUCUUAGGCUGUAAGGCCAUCACUGCAAAGGAAAUUCCAGAUCUGCAGGAAGGACUGGUCCUUCCUGAUAACUUGAAGGAAGAAGGUCAGGGCCUUCCCUCCACACUGGAGUAUAUGGUCGUGGCUUCAGUGGGGCCCCAGAAAGCUGAGGGAGGUGUCACAAUACCCGAGGACUCCCUUAUGACGUUACCCCAGCUCUUGGAAGGUACAGAUUCCACCUCAGGACCAGAGUCUGUGGCCAGAGUUGUGCUGGGACCCCAGCGGGAUGAGGAGUGUGACAAAGCACUGCAGGGUGUUCCUAUGGCAUCAUCUCCACCCCUACAAAGUACAGACCCACCCUCAGGUCCAGAGUGUAGGGCUGUGGCUCCAUUUGGGUUCCAGCAGGCUAAGGAAGGUAUCACAGGACCCCAGGACUCCCCCGUGGCAUCACCCCCACCCCUGCAAGGCUCAGAUCCCACCUCAGACCCAGAACCCGAGGCUGUGGUCACACUGAGGUCCAAGCCGGAUGGCAGGAUUGACACAGUACCCCAGGAGUCCCCAAUAGCAUCAUCGACACCCCUGCAAGUUUCAGAUCUUACUUCAGACCCAGGACCUGAGGUUGCUGCAACACUGGGACCACAGCAGGUCGAGGAGGGUGUCGCCAUACCCCAGGUCACCCUAAGAACAUCACCUUCACCCCUGCAAGGCUUAGAUUCAAGCUCAGACCUAGAACCUAUAGCUGCAGCCACACUGGAGUCCCAGCAGGCUGAAGAAAGUGCCACAGCACCCCAGGACACCCUUGUGAUAGCACCUCUACACCUUCAAGAUACAGAUUCCACCUCAGACCCAGAGCUGAUAGGUCCAGACACCUCUCAGGCCCUGCCUAGGAAAGCAGGCUACAUGCCAGAGACCAAGCCUUCAGCCUCAGAGGCCCAUCAGGAAUUAGGUGCGGCCGCAGGACCAAGGCCAGUGCUCCCCAAGGAGCAGCAGGAUGCAGCACCCCCUCCACACUCGGUACUCCCGGCUUCCAACCAAGCCGGACAGAAUGGCUCAGAGGCAGCUGGAAAGGCUGACAACUUUGAGGCUCCAGAAGAGUCAGGUCUCACCUUGAGCACAAAGACUUCUGAGGCAUCUUGCAUGGGGGAAAAAGAAGCCGAGAGCGCAUCUGCUACAAGCCAACAAGGAGCAUGUCUUAAAGCCCAUGAUGGCGUCAAGACUCACUCACCUCAAAGAGAGGCCCCGGGAGUCAAGAGCAAGCGGGGUAGAGGCCCCAAACCACCAGGGCAUGGAAAUAGGUCUAAGUCAGCAACCCAAGGUGCUGGGGAUACACUCAAGGCACAUUCCGCUGCAUGCCCUGAGGUCAGCCAGCCACAGCUGAUGAGCCCUGCUGGAGAUAGAAGGGGCCUGGGCAGCAAGAACACCUCAGGCCCCAGGCUUCCUGGGGCUGUAUCUGUACAAGCCAGGCUAGGAUCCUGCCCAGGGUCCCCAACAAGGGCCACAUGCACACUAAGCCAGGUCUAUUCUGAAGAGACCGCCAGGUGUGCACCACCUUUCCAGCACCUGGAGCCUAUGCUGAGCCUGGGUAGUGGGGAACAGCCCCAGGUGACCCCUUCCCCAGCAAACUCUGCCAGUGACCUGCACACUACACCCCAGAACAGGUUCCAGGAACCUGACCCUGCUGCUCCCAGUGCCCUGGACAGGGCAUCCCAGUCAUCCCCGGGGCCCCUAGCCCCCUGCUUGGGCCCUAUUCCCCAGAAAGCCUCUGUGGAAGAGGAGGAGCCCCCAGCCUCUCAUGGUCUGAUGCCUCGGGCAGGAGCCCAGGGAGCUGCUGCCAUUACCAGCUCAGGAUCCACAAAGCCUCUGGGGGCCAGGCAGCGUGUCAGCCUCUCACCUCACUCCACCCUCAACCCCAAGGUGACCCCCACAGAUGCCAAAGACCUGACUUGCAUCAUCUCAAGCCCCUGCCAAGUGCCUCCUCCCUCUGGGACCCACACCCCAUCUGGCCCUCGAGGGUUCCCAGCCCAGGAACAAGAGGACGAGGACAGCCUGGAGGAAGACUCACAGAGGGCCCCAGGUUCCGGCCAGCAUUCGGAUAGCCAUGGGGAGUCAUCAGCAGAGCUGGAUGAAGAGGACAUGUCACCUGUGAAAGCACAGUGCCCAUCACAGGGCCCAGCAGGCAGCAGUGACGAGACCAUUGCCAAAGCCAAGCAAAGCCGCAGUGAGAAGAAGGCUCGAAAGGCGAUGUCAAAACUGGGCUUACGGCAGAUUCAGGGAGUCACCAGGAUCACCAUCCAGAAGUCCAAGAACAUCUUGUUUGUUAUUGCCAAGCCAGACGUCUUCAAGAGCCCCGCCUCAGACACCUAUGUGGUCUUCGGUGAGGCCAAGAUCGAGGACCUGUCCCAGCAAGUACACAAAGCCGCAGCAGAGAAGUUCAAGGUGCCCUCUGAGUCAUCGGCCCUGGUCCCUGAGUUGGCACCUGGGCCCCGGGGAAGGACAGAGUGUGAGGAGCAGGAGGAGGAAGAUGAGGAGGUAGAGGAGGCUGGACUAGAACCUCGGGACAUUGAACUGGUCAUGGCCCAGGCCAACGUAUCCAGGGCAAAGGCUGUGCGGGCCCUUAAGGACAACCACAGUGACAUUGUCAACGCCAUCAUGGAACUGACAAUGUAGCUGCUGACUGGAAGCUGCUCUGCCUCUCCCUGUCUCUGCAGCCCAAUAAACCAGUGUCACAUCAUCACCC